UCCGAGUGAGAUUAUAUUGGGAUCACAACAGAAAAGAGCUCAGAAACUCUCUCUGUACUCUUUAACUCUCAGUAAAAACAGGCAUGGAGCUCGGAUCAGCGGUUAGUGCUGUCAGGAGCAACAGAGUGCUGCUUGGUAAUGAAGCGAGUCCAGCUGUCAUAAUAAUUAAAGAUGGUAAAAUCCACAAAAUACUCUAUAGUGGCAACUUUACUGAGGAUGUUGGCUCUGAGGUGCUGGAUGUGGGGGACAGCGUGGUGAUGCCAGGCGUCGUAGACUGCCACGUUCACGUGAACGAGCCGGGCCGCACCUCAUGGGAGGGCUUCUGGACGGCCACCAGGGCCGCCGCGGCGGGAGGAGUGACCACCGUCGUGGACAUGCCCUUAAACAGCGUCCCUCCAACCACAACGCUCAGAAACUUUGAGGAGAAGCUGCAGGAGGCAACGGGGAAGUGCUUCGUGGACGUAGCCUUCUGGGGAGGAGUUGUUCCUGGAAAUCAGCGUGAACUUCGGCCUAUGAUCAAGGCAGGAGUUGCUGGCUUCAAGUGUUUCCUCAUCCACAGUGGUGUUGAUGAGUUCCCCCAUGUGGCUGAAUUUGACCUCCACACGGCCAUGAAGCAGCUCCAGGGAACAGGAAGCGUCCUGCUGUUUCACGCAGAGAUGGAUGUCCAGCCAACAACGGGGAACAACGCUGACGAGACAGACCCUUGUCAGUACGGCACCUUUCUGCGGUCCCGGCCCGAUGUCAUGGAGGUAGAAGCUAUUCGGACCGUUGCAGAACUCUGUCUGCAGUACCGGGUGCGAUGCCACAUUGUUCACUUGUCAUCUGCAAAGGCCCUUAAGCUGAUCCAGAAAGCUCGGCAAGCCGGGGCCCCCCUAACGGUGGAGACCACCCAUCAUUACCUCAACCUGUGUGCAGAAACCAUUCCUGCGGGAGCCACACAGUUUAAGUGCUGCCCUCCCAUCCGAGGCUCUGCUAACCAGGUUUGCCUCUGUUCUGGACUUCAGCCAGUAAGAGAGACUUUCAGCUGGCUGAUGUGGUGAGGCUCCUCAGCAGAAACACAGCCCAUCUGAGCAGCCUGGGCAACCUGAAGGGCAGCCUGGCCCCUGGCUUUGAUGCCGACUUGGUCAUUUGGGAUCCAGAGACAGGCUUUCAGAUCGAAGAAGCAAGCAUUCACCACAAAAACAAGAUGACCCCGUACCUCGGCUCCACGCUGCAGGGAGUGGUGCGUGCGACUGUCCUGAGGGGCCGGCUGGUGUACAGAGACGGCAGCUUCUGC